GACGUGCGGAGCUCUGAUGAUGUUCUACCUGAACGAAAUUUCGGUGUUUGGGCACGGGCCGGAGACCGCAAGGAAACUCCAGGGUUCUACUCCUCACGACCAGCUCCUGAUUCAGAUCUCGGAUUCUUUCGCGGGAUUGCUAUUAUUCGCCAUAGGAUUCCUCCUCUUCAUGGUCUCCUUCGUCAAAGAUCGUGAUUUUCAGAAUUUCUUUGCGAAAGGAUGCAUCCUUCUCCAUGUCUUCAUGGCCCUUUGGCGCAUCUGCUUUGAGCGGCACCUCGAGGACCUGGCCCGCGACUGGCCGCGCCAGUUAGUUGGCGACGUCGUGCUCAGCCUAUCCUGGUUGUUUUUCCUCGUUUAUUCCUGGAGGGAGAAGUACGACUGACUAGAUUUAACGACUGUUCUGCCCCGUGUAAACGGGAGCUUACGGCUGGUCAUGGGGUCAACUCUCUGUUACAUAUCUGCGAGGAAGAAGAUGAUGAUGGAAAAGGCGGUUGAGUUGCGGGGAGAAGUGUUCUUCGCUUCUGGAUUCUGAUGUUUUCUGGAUCUCUUUGGUAAAAAUCCAUGUUUGAUUUAUUCCGAAUGGCUACUGAAGGAGGGGACAGUUUUUCUCAUAUACAGCUUGUAUUCUCUGUUCCUUUCUAAGAUGAAUUUCUUGUGUCUAGUCUUGAUAAGAAUUUGAAAGAUUAUUUUUCUGUAAAUCUUUUUUUUGCAUCAGUUCAAAUUUUGUUGUUGUGUUUGUGGCGUAGGUGUUCAUGUUUUUGUUGCUUUCUUGUUUGUUUUGGCAUCUGUUGUUUCUCCCUAAUUAUAUUGGGAAAUUCUUAUUAGAAAACCUCCAUGA